ACAAGGCAAGUACUCUUACACUAGUGCUGACUCUAAACCUCAACACACAUCUGAACCUACCGAUGAAAGCAAACAAAAAAGCAGUUGCAAAACCAGUGAUCAGCUGUCCGUCUUCAACGUACCAAACAUCCAUGCGUGAUUAUUGACCACUCAUUCCAGUUUGUGCCGUCAUCAAUCUCUAUCUGAACCCGGUUUGCUCACCUUCCCCAAAUCCCGCGCGUUCCCCGGUGAAGAUUCGAAAAAUUAAGCUUCCAGCUCACAAACUCCGAUCAGUUGACAACGGAGUCUACUCUCGCAAACAUGUUUACGGUGAAGUCUUCUGCGCUUCUCCUUCUUCUCAGCAUCGCUGGUGCAACGGAGGCAAUCACACUGCUCCCAUGUGAGAUUCCAAAUGAGAAUGCAAUCGGUUAUUGCAUUCCAAAGAGUGGCUGCACGGCCUAUCAAAAGUUGAUCGCGGCCGGUCCAUUGAACGACGAACAGUUGGAGUUUGUCAACCAACUGAACUGUUCCAGAACUGGAGUUUGCUGCCCACCGAGGGCAAAUUACUACCAGAAUCCACGAGUAACGACUCUAAAAGACUAUAAAGAUUUGAUUGCCAAAUGUGGAGCGGACACCACCGAAGACCGAAUCUUCGGAGGCCAAGUUACGACAAUCGACGAAUUCCCAUGGCUGGCGUUGUUGUUCUAUGAGUCGCUACAAACCGGAAUGUUACAUCCGUCAUGCGGUGGGGCAUUAGUUGCAAAACGGUGGAUACUCACGGCUGCCCACUGUGUUACAGGGAAGAGCUACACGAAUUUAGGACCACUAAAAUUUGUUCGUUUGGGUGAGCACAACUUGGAGACCGAGUUGGAUUGUGACUUGAAUGAAGAUUGCAACGAAAAGCCACUCGAUAUUGCGGUGGAGAAAGCCAUCCCCCAUCCGGAGUAUGAUAGCAAAAGCUGGGACCGGUACAACGAUGUGGCGCUAGUCAAGCUGGUCGAGGAGGCCCCGUUCACGGAUUUCAUACGGCAUAUUUGUUUGCCAAGCUAUUACAAUUUAACGGAACAGUUGAGCAAGAGCAACGUGAAAUAUAUGGCUGCUGGAUGGGGACGAACAGACUUCUACAACACCACCACAAGCGUGCCAAGCAAGCUGAAACUGAAAGUAAGUCUACCGCACGUUGAUCAGGAAAGGUGCCGAGCAGUCUACGCAGAGCACACGAUUCGAAUAGCCGACAGCCAAAUCUGUGCCGGUGGUCAAAAAGCUCACGAUACCUGCCGAGGGGACAGCGGUUCCCCAUUGAUGUACUACAACCGACAGUUUGCACGCUGGUUCGUGUACGGGAUCGUUAGCCGUGGUCCGUCCCAGUGCGGUACAGAAGGAGUUCCUAGCAUAUAUACCAAUAUGUUUAAAUUCGAUGACUGGGUCAAGAGGACUAUAGCCAGUAAUUGAGCAAAGUUAAACAUUGGUAGCACAGCUCUUGCAUUAGUGGAGAAAAAUAGAGAAAACAAGGUGGAAGAAUAAAGUCGUUUCUGUUACUGUUGUUAAUCUUUUCAGGACGAA